AUGACGUUGUACUUCCUGUUUCCUACCGCCUCGCAAAUAACAUAUUCGAAGGCAAUAUCAAGCAGCUCGAUCAGGUUUGAGUGGUCCAGUGCGCAAGGAGCCGAGAAAUACAUUUUGGUGGUGAAUGGAACUUUCCAUCCUGAGACUCAUAACCUCACUUUCACCACGCUAAGUGGACAGAUAGACAACCUCCAGCAAGCCACUUCAUACAGCUGUUACAUUUAUUCCGCCAAUUCUGCAGGACUUGGCUCCAAGAGCCUUGUUAAAACCAUCAGAACGUUGGUGCAGCCACCAAAUAACGUGGCUGUAAGAGAGUUAACGCAGAGCAUGGCUCGCGUAACAUGGAACAAUGUUUCAGGAGUCCUGCUCUACCAGGUAUCAGUGACAGCCAAUAACAAGCCGGGAUUUCCCCCGGUUCUUAAGAACGUCACUGGUACCGCAGCGAAUAUCUCAAACCUGGAGCCGUGUACAACGUACACAAUAGGGGUUGCAUCCAUCAACAUGUUCCUGGAACCAGGAGAGUUCAUCAACGUCACCUACUUAACUUCCACCAUUUCAACAGUUUCCUCCAUCUCUGUGGAGUACAACUGUCUUACUUCUACAGCAAUGGUCAGUUGGCAUGUGGUUUUUGGUGCCACGUCGUACCAUGCCGUCAUUACAGAUGGUCAAGGCCGGUCGCUCAACUGCACUUCCACGGACACCACCUGCCAGGUCUUGAUGCUGGUCUGUGGAGAACGAUACUCUGUACGGAUCACAGCCUUCGCUAACUGUGAAAGCACUUCUGAUGGCAGCUACAUCUUCGAGACAACACCCUGCCCACCCAAAGCACUAGAGCCGUACCGUGAGUGUUCCACUAACGUCAUCUUGUUCUCGUGGGAUUCCACCAACAACACGGCUUAUUACUUCGCCAUAGCUGUGGACUCGGACCAACUGGUAACUGAAUGCCUCACUGUGGACACCUCCUGUUAUUUCACUGACACCGUCUGUGGUCAAACCUACAGCUUCUAUGUCAGAUCCAUCUACUCCGGAGGACUAGACUGCAACAGUGGAUACACAGACGGUGUGGUGAUCAAAACAGCCCCAUGUUUACCGCAGAACAUCUACACAAUAGCAAACUGUAAUAGCAUCAGCAGUGCCGUCAUUACUUGGGAUGAGGCCACAGGAGCCAAGACCUACAUUGUGGAGGCCCGCGGUAAUCGUAAAGAUUUCUACAACUGUACGUCUGCAAACACAAGCUGCACGCUAACAGAUCUGUAUUGCGGAGAGAGCCUGAGCGUGUGGAUUGUUGCCACAAAUGGUGAAUGUACUACUGAUCCUGUGCUGGGAGAGGUGGCAGAGACAGUUCCCUGCAUACCUCAGAACGUGUCCACUGUGAAGACUUGUAGUUCAGAAUCUGCCUCUCUCACAUGGAGCAAUGCCAAUGGUGCCAUCAUCUACAUUGGAUCGGCAAAGCACGUAGAUGGUACAAUUCACACCUGCGCUGCCAUGGCGGCAGAGUGCACAUUCCCAAACCUGAGAUGCGGCGAGACGUAUGAUGUGAAUGUCAAGUCAACUAACCUGCAAUGCAACAGUGCUGAGAGUCAUCAUGUCACCCUGCAGACGGCUCCAUGUUCUCCAGUCAGUGUGGGGGUCACUAGAGACUGUGCAUCGAAUCACGUGAUAGCAAGCUGGCAGGCCCUUCAGGAUGGGAGUCUGUACACAGCAGUACUGCAGGAUGAACAUGGACCCACAGUUAAUUGCAGCACCAGCUCUAACAACUGCACAUUCGGAGACCUGCUCUGUGGAAUGAACUACAACGUCACAGUCACAAAGAACGAUGGUCAAUGCAGGAGUCUGCCAUCCACACCCAUUCAGAUACAGUCAGCUCCCUGUGACCCUCAAAACAUCACAACUGUGCUCCAGUGUGACACCAACACAGCCAACGUGACAUGGGCUGCCAGCGCAGGAGCUAAUGGGUACACAGCAAUGGCAACAGACGUGCAGCAGCAACGCUUAGCUUCUUGUCACUCUAUGGGAACUUCCUGUCAGCUGACCUCUCUGCCGUGUGGGAUGAGACUAAAUGUGACUGUCCAAGCUGAUGACACCACCUGCAACAGCAGCUCUCAACCUAAAGCUGUGGUGGUAACAGCUCCCUGCAUUCCCACCAAUGUUGCUGCCGCUCUCAACUGUACAUCCAACAUUGCUUCCAUCACCUGGCACAGUGCACUUGGUGCUACUUGGUACUUGGUAAAGGCGGAAAGCAGCCAAGGGUACAAGACCUCCUGCAACAACACUGUCACACACUGUGAUAUCCCAAACCUGCAGUGUGGCCAGGAAUAUUCCAUCACAGUCAUGGGCAUGAAUGGUGUCUGCAUGGGCCCGGCUAGCCAGCCUGUCACUCUCGUCUCAGCACCAUGCCACAACACUGGCAUUCAAGCCAGUCUGGACUGCCGCACCAACUCAGCACUCAUUUCUUGGACACCAGGCAAUGGUUCAUUAAGUUUCAAUGCAACACUGCAGUCUUUCCAGGGCCCCCAAAAGCACAGCUGCUUCAGCAACGGCUCCUCCUGCAACAUCAGCUCACUGCCGUGUGGUCAGCACUAUAACAUCAGUGUUACAGGAUACGGCCGGACCUGUCCAACCUCUUCUAAAACCUUGGUCACUCUAGACACGGCUCCAUGUGUUCCCACUCAAGUCAAUGUGUCAUUAUCCUGCGGGUCGGACACUGCAUCUGUUUCCUGGGCAGCAUCUAGUGGCCUUGUUUCAUACUAUACAGUAACAGCAGUAGAUGAUAAUGGACAAACACUAACCUGCAACUCCAGCAGCACUUCCUGUGACAUCAGCGGCCUGGUGUGUGGUCAGGUGUACAAUGUGUCAGUCACAGCUAUGAGUGUGGACUGCACUGGGCAACGUAGUGAAGUGCGUCGCAUCAGUACUGCACCCUGUGCUCCUCAGUCUGUGGUCAGUCAGCUCUUAGACUGUCGAACAGGUGAUGUUCAAAUUAGCUGGCAGUCGAGUAAAGGGGCGCAGAUCUACUAUGCUCAAGCAAAAACCACUGACAAGACUCUGGUGUGUAACUCCACCUCCACGUCCUGCAUAAUCCCUGCAAUUGGCUGUGGACAGACGUACAAUAUCACUGUGGUUGCAGAAGCCAACGGCUGUAGCUCCAACGCCAGUGUGACCAGUCAGGUCACGGCAGCCCCAUGCCCUCCACUGAAUAUCCAGUCCAUAAUGAAUUGUGACAGCAACACAACAAGUGUGUCCUGGUCCAGGGGCAAUGGAGCUCUGUCCUUUAUGAUGGCAAUGGAAUGCUCUAAUGGACAGAGGUACAUCUGCAGGACCAAUGAAACAGGAUGUGACAUCACUAACAUGGCAUGCGGACAAACAUGCACAGUUAAGGUAGUGGCAGAGGGACGUUCCUGCAACAGCUCUGAAGGGACUGGAUCACCUGUCAUAACAGGUCCUUGUGUACCACAAAAUGUGUCUGCCAGUGUAAGCUGUAGCAGCAACAUAGCAAGUGUAAUCUGGGGGAGCAGCCAAGGGGCGGAGCUUUACACAGUGACAGCCAGCAGUGCUAAUGGCCUUUCAGCUAACUGCACCUCAACAUCCACUUCCUGUGACCUGUUAACUUUGACCUGCGGACAGUCUUACACGAUCACAGUGAAGGCAAAAGGCAGCAACUGCAGCAGUGGGAACAGUGCGCCUGUUCAAGUUCAAGCAGUACCCUGCACCCCAAAUAAUGUCCUGCCCACCGUGGACUGUGCCACAAAUGCUUUAGUGGUAUCAUGGACACCUGGUGCAGGAGGACAGUAUUACACGGCCACCUUGCAGGACAGCAAUGGACUGUCCACCACCUGCCAGUCUACGGGCUCACAGUGUAAUGUGACUGGGCUCAGGUGUGGUCAGCUGUACCACGUCAAUGUGACGGCGUCAGAUGAUCUGUGUAGCAGCCCUCCCAGUCCUACUGUGAACACUAACUCAGCUCCAUGUUCUCCAGUCAGUGUGGGGGUCACUAGAGACUGUGCAUCGAAUCACGUGAUAGCAAGCUGGCAGGCCCUUCAGGAUGGGAGUCUGUACACAGCACUACUGCAGGAUGAACAUGGACCCACAGUUAAUUGCAGCACCAGCUCUAACAACUGCACAUUCGCAGACCUGCUCUGUGGAAUGAACUACAACGUCACAGUCACAAAGAACGAUGGUCAAUGCAGGAGUCUGCCAUCCACACCCAUUCAGAUACAGUCAGCUCCCUGUGACCCUCAAAACAUCACAACUGUGCUCCAGUGUGACACCAACACGGCCAACGUGACAUGGGCUGCCAGCGCAGGAGCUAAUGGGUACACAGCAAUGGCAACAGACGUGCAGCAGCAACGCUUAGCUUCUUGUCACUCUAUGGGAACUUCCUGUCAGCUGACCUCUCUGCCGUGUGGGAUGAGACUAAAUGUGACUGUCCAAGCUGAUGACACCACCUGCAACAGCAGCUCUCAACCUAAAGCUGUGGUGGUAACAGCUCCCUGCAUGCCCACCAAUGUUGCUGCCGCUCUAAACUGUACAUCCAACAUUGCUUCCAUCACCUGGCACAGUGCACUUGGUGCUACUUGGUACUUGGUAAAGGCGGAAAGCAGCCAAGGGUACAAGACCUCCUGCAACAACACUGUCACACACUGUGAUAUCCCAAACCUGCAGUGUGGCCAGGAAUAUUCCAUCACAGUCAUGGGCAUGAAUGGUGUCUGCAUGGGCCCGGCUAGCCAGCCUAUCACUCUUUUCUCAGCACCAUGCCACAACACUGGCAUUCAAGCCAGUCUGGACUGCCGCACCAACUCAGCACUCAUUUCUUGGACACCAGGCAAUGGUUCAUUAAGUUUCAAUGCAACACUGCAGUCUUUCCAGGGCCCCCAAAAGCACAGCUGCUUCAGCAACGGCUCCUCCUGCAACAUCAGCUCACUGCCGUGUGGUCAGCACUAUAACAUCAGUGUUACAGGAUACGGACAGGUCGGCCGGACCUGUCCAACCUCUUCUAAAACCUUGGUCACUCUAGACACGGCUCCAUGUGUUCCCACUCAAGUCAAUGUGUCAUUAUCCUGCGGGUCCAACACUGCAUCUGUUUCCUGGGCAGCAUCUAGUGGCCUUGUUUCAUACUAUACAGUAACAGCAGUAGAUGAUAAUGGACAAACACUAACCUGCAACUCCAGCAGCACUUCCUGUGACAUCAGCGGCCUGGUGUGUGGUCAGGUGUACAAUGUGUCAGUCACAGCUAUGAGUGUGGACUGCACUGGGCAACGUAGUGAAGUGCGUCGCAUCAGUACUGCACCCUGUGCUCCUCAGUCUGUGGUCAGUCAGCUCUUAGACUGUCGAACAGGUGAUGUUCAAAUUAGCUGGCAGUCGAGUAAAGGGGCGCAGAUCUACUAUGCUCAAGCAAAAACCACUGACAAGACUCUGGUGUGUAACUCCACCUCCACGUCCUGCAUAAUCCCUGCAAUUGGCUGUGGACAGACGUACAAUAUCACUGUGGUUGCAGAAGCCAACGGCUGUAGCUCCAACGCCAGUGUGACCAGUCAGGUCACGGCAGCACCCUGUCCACCUACUUUUGUCACUGCUGUUUUGGACUGCUCUACUAACAUGGUCUUAGUGUCGUGGAACUCCUUGGGCAUUUCAGGGGUUCAUUACACGGCAACAGCAUUUGGCCCAUUGGGGCCUUCUAGUGGUGUGGAGUGUACCACGACAAACUUCAACUGCACUCUUGCCCACCUGCAAUGUGGCAGCCAAUACAAUGUCACUGUCACUGCUACCCAAAACAACUGUACUAGCAAAUCCAGCAAGGAGUACUCCUUCAUUACAGCUCCAUGUGUGCCAGUUCUGAACGAUGUGGCUCUGAACUGUAGCUCAAGGUCCGCUGUGGUGAACUGGUCAGGAUUGAGUCUAGAUGCAUUAUCGGUCAGCGCAGUGAGCUCUCAGGGUGAACAGCUGGGAUGUGGUGUCUUCAACAAUGGUUCAUGUGUGGUGGACGGACUGCAGUGUGGACAGACGUAUACGUUCAGUGUGAAUACAACACAAGGCCAGUGCACCAGUGCUGCUAGUAACACACUGCAGAGGGAGACAGCCCCAUGCCCUCCACUGAAUAUCCAGUCCAUAAUGAACUGUGACAGCAACACAGCAAGUGUGUCCUGGUCCAGUGGCAAUGGAGCUCUGUCCUUUAUGAUGGCAAUGGAAUGCUCUAAUGGACAGAGGUACAUCUGCAGGACCAAUGAAACAGGAUGUGACAUCACUAACAUGGCAUGCGGACAAACAUGCACAGUUAAGGUAGUGGCAGAGGGACGUUCCUGCAACAGCUCUGAAGGGACUGGAUCACCUGUCAUAACAGGUCCUUGUGUACCACAAAAUGUGUCUGCCAGUGUAAGCUGUAGCAGCAACAUAGCAAGUGUAAUCUGGGGGAGCAGCCAAGGGGCGGAGCUUUACACAGUGACAGCCAGCAGUGCUAAUGGCCUUUCAGCUAACUGCACCUCAACAUCCACUUCCUGUGACCUGUUAACUUUGACCUGCGGACAGUCUUACACGAUCACAGUGAAGGCAAAAGGCAGCAACUGCAGCAGUGGGAACAGUGCGCCUGUUCAAGUUCAAGCAGUGCCCUGCACCCCAAAUAAUGUCCUGCCCACUGUGGAUUGUGCCACAAAUGCUUUAGUGGUAUCAUGGACACCUGGUGCAGGAGGACAGUAUUACACGGCCACCUUGCAGGACAGCAAUGGACUGUCCACCACCUGCCAGUCUACGGGCUCACAGUGUAAUGUGACUGGGCUCAGGUGUGGUCAGCUGUACCACGUCAAUGUGACGGCGUCAGAUGAUCUGUGUAGCAGCCCUCCCAGUCCUACUGUGAACACUAACUCAGUUCCCUGUGCAGCCAGCUUCAUCAGGGCAGUGUUGGAUUGUCAGCUGGGUACAGCCACUGUGUCAUGGCAGUAUGGUGCAGGUGCUCAGGGAUAUGCUGUCUCUGCCUUGGCACCGGUGAACAACAGGGCUAGCUGUACCUCCAACAGCUCCAUCACGCACUGUGAGCUGAGCAACCUGCAGUGUGGAAAUGAGUAUACGGUGAACGUACAGAAUUUGGGAUACACGUGCAAUGCCAGUGCACAGAUGACCGGCUCCCUGAUCACAGGUCCGUGUGUUCCUCAGCAUCUGACAGCGCAGUACAGUCCUUCCACCGCUCUGCUCUCCUGGGAUGUCACUAAAGGUGGUGCCAACUUCACAGCAGAGGCUGUGAGCCUCGAGGGCCUGACGGUGACCUGUGAGACCUCUAACACUCACUGCACCUUCCCAGACCUGGGUUGUGGUCAGAUCUACAAUGUCAGUGUGACGGCUCACAACAGUGUCUGCAGAGACACUGUAACCUCUGAUCCUAUCAAGACAGAACCCUGUCCUCCUCAGAAUGUCAAAGCUAGCCUAAACUGUGCCACCCACAGUGCUACUGUUUCCUGGGAGCCUAGCCAGUUGGCAGUGGGAUACGUUGCAUUCCUGGAAGGCAGAAAUGGUCAUUCCACUUCCUGUCGGACAAAUCAUACAUACUGCAGUUUAUUUGAUCUCACCUGUGGAACAGUGUACUAUGUCAGAGUCCGUGCCAUCGGUGAAGUGUUCAACAGCUCUGACAGCAUAGGGGUCAACAUGACAUCAGCACCAUGUCUGUCCACCAGUGUGUCUGCUGUGGUGGACUGUGCUACAGAUUCAGUUCUAGUGUCCUGGAGUUCCAUUGCUGGGGCGGAGAAUUACUCCGUGACCGCUUUGGGGUCAGAAGGUCAAACAGUCUCCUGCUCAACCAGUCAGAACCACUGUAACAUCUCCUCCCUGCAGUGUGAUCAGCAAUUUAACCUCACCUUCGAAUCUACAAACCAGCAGUGCCAAGUGACUUCCACCACCAAUGUCACGUUUCAGUCCAUUCCAUGUGUUCCUCAGAAUGUGGUGUCUGAGCUGGACUGUUCGUUUAACUUUAUAACUAUAAGGUGGAAUGUCAGCCAUGGGGCGGCGUCUUACCUGGUGGUUGCCAAUGGACCUGAGGGUCCAGUGACUGCCUGUAACACAACUGCACAGCAGUGCAGACUGCAAACACUGCAUUGCAGCUCCUCGUACAAUGUCCGCGUCAUUGCAGUCAACCAGCAAUGCAACACAUCAGGAAGUUCCAUCUUACGAAUAAACACCGUGCCGUGUGUACCUAGUCAUGUGCAGGGCAGUGUAAACUGUACGACUGGAGAUCUAUCUGUAUCCUGGGACCCAAGCGUGGGGGCCAUUUCCUAUGCUGCGGUUGCUCAGACUAGUGGUGGCUAUGCUUCAGUGUGCAACAGCACCGGAACAGCAUGUGUCUUCUCAGAUCUGCUCUGUGGGAUGAACUAUAGUCUAGCUGUCAGCGCCACUGACGGGACAUGCAACACUGCACAGAGUCAACCAGUUGUGCUGAGUACAGUGUCCUGUAAGCCACAGAAUGCUAGCGCCCAGCUCAACUGUGACACCAACUCUGCAGUUGUAAGUUGGGAGCUCAGUGAUAACAUUAAGCAUCACACAGUCCAGGCUACUGGUUCUGAUGGACAUCGCAUCGACUGCUCCAGCUCCGACCACAGUUGUACAUUAUCUGGCAUGCACUGUGGCCAGAGCUAUAACAUUACCGUCACUGCCUUGGGUGGAGUAUGUGACAAUGGCAACAUGCACCUCUUUCUGCAGUCAGCUCCAUGUGCACCUAGCAAUGUUCAGACGUCUUUGCAUUGCGACAUCAGCAAUGGUGGUGUUGUGUCUGUGUCGUGGGUGCAAGCAAACGGGGCGGAGUCUUACACGGCUGUGGCUGAGUCUAACAAUGGUCAUUCCUACUCUUGUAACACCACCGCUGCCUCCUGUGAUCUACAGGAACUGCAGUGUGGUCAGAUUUAUAAUGUGUCUGUCUACUCACUGGCUCAUGGCUGUGGGCGAGUGAAGAGCACUACGUCUCAGGUGCAGACAGCUCCAUGUCCCCCUCAGAACGUAUCUGCCAUUGUGCAGUGUGAUUUAGGGUCUGUGCUGGUGAGUUGGAACCCAGCAGUGGAUGCCAGCCAGUUCAGAGUUGAACUGGAGUCCGAGAGCACCGGUACGAUUUCCUCCUGUAACAGCACAAACACACAGUGCUCCAUCGUCCAUCUGCCCUGUGGAGAGAGAUUCAACCUCAGUGUGGUGGCACUGAGAGGCAGCUGUCAGAGUCAACCAAUCAGUGACCUUUCCAUCUCCUCAGCUCCAUGUAUCCCACAGGGGGUCACCGGUACUGUGGACUGUGUUACUAACUCUGCAUGGGUAUCAUGGAAUGUAGAUAAUGGUGCAGAAUCUUACACAGUGCAGGCUGUAAGGGAUGACGGUCACAAUUCCACCUGUAGCAGCUCAAACUCCACCUGUAAUGUACCUGACCUGGGGUGUGGAAGGAGCUACACCUUUCACGUCACUGCCUCAAACGCUGCUUGCGUGAGCCCACCCAGCAACAGCUUUCAGCUGGAGACAGCACCUUGUGCCCUGUCAUCCAUCCUGGUGGUGGCUGAAUGCCACAGUUCUGUUAUCAUUGUACAGUGGCAGAGAGCUCGGAGUGGAAAUUCUCUCUACAUUGCCACAGCAGAGGAUCAAGACCGUUCCCUCCUUUCCUGCAAUAGCUCCGCUUCUUCAUGCAACUUUACCCAUGUGCAGUGCGACAAGGAGUACACCAUCAUUGUAGCCGCUUCGGCCAACCAAUGCAGCAGCCUCCGCAGCCCACCCUACAAGAUCAGAACUGCACCCUGUCAGCCAUCAUCAGUUCAGGCCGAUGUAGACUGUCAGUCGAAGGAUGUGUUUGUGUCAUGGGACCCAUCAUACGUGGCGCAGUCGUACCUGCUUACUGUAGUCGGCAGAAAUGGAGACUUGAAGACGUGCAAUACCUCGGACAAUAACUGCACGCUAACCGAUCUGCAUUGCAGCAACACCUACUAUGUGUCCGUUUUAGCCAGUAAUGAGAACUGCACCAGCCUGCCCAGUGCUAACAUCACCUUCCAAAUGGUGCCGUGCGAGCCAGCCAACUUAACUGCAAACAUACAGUGCGGGAACAGUAGUAGUGCCUCAUUGUCAUGGGUGGGGAGUACAGGGGCGGUGGUCUACACAGGACUUGCUCAGUCACAAACCGGCACAACGGUCUACUGUGAAACCACACACACGUCCUGCACUCUGGAGGGCUUAGUGUGCGGCACUGUGUACAACUUUACAGUGCAGGCAAAGGAUGGCUUCUGCAACAGUUCCUUGAGUGAACCUCAAACUAAGGGAGCAGCUCCCUGUCCUCCAGCUGGACUGAGGGUUGUCCCUCGUACAGUAGUGAAUGAUACUCAGAUCUUGAGGGCAUCUUGGUCUACUGUGAAUUGUCCUAAUUCUGAAUACCUCCUGGCACUCACGGGCAGCAUUCAGGGCAACAGCCAGGCACUCUUUGACCUCGCCUCCUAUUGGACAAGUCGCAGGUUCUUUGAGGUGCCCCUCCUUUGUGGCUCCUCCUACAGCGCAACCAUCAGCGCGAGGAACUCUGCCGCCACAAGCGACAAAUCUGCUGCCAUCACUGGAACCACAGUACCUUGUGCCCCUCUGAAUGUGACAUUCUCUGCAUCAUCGGCGGAAGUGGCAUGGAACCAGUCUCUAUUUGCUACAAACUACACUGUGUAUGGGGUUACUUCUUCUGGUAGGACGAAACUCUGCAUGACCUCACAGCUCCUCUGCUCUGUCACCAAUUUCAGCAGUGGCCACAUUGUCGUAACUGCCAGCAACACUGCCGGGGAGAGUGAAGACUCAGUGCCUGUUUCAGUAACAGCAGGUCGCAGGAGGAGGUGAGACCUGGCACAAAGUGAGAAAGGCCCGACCAACCCGGAGUAAAUGCUUUUAUCUCAUCGCACUCAAACUCUUGCCUCUGAGAAUUCCUGCACUUACCUAAGAAUUUGUGAAACUCUGAGAUAUUUAACUUUUGCAUGUUACAUAAAUUCUGGUUCAAGGUUCUUUUUUUUUUAAAACAAUGUUUAAGGGUGAAAUAGAUUGAC